CACGUAAUUUUUCUUCAUAAUCAGAAAAUUGUUCGCUGUUCCGCAAUCAGACAAUAAAAACUCGACAGACUAACGUUUUCCAACCCUUUUUCCUCACAACUGAUCCCUCUCCCAAUCUCGCCCUCUCCGCUUCGACUUAUACGAAUUUAGGUUAGAAUUUUCCAUACCGUAAUCAUUUGAUCAGACGCUCUUUUCAUAUCAGCCAAGUUUCAUGUCUGAUUUUGACAUCCAGACUCCUGCUGCUUUUGAUCCUUUUGCGGAGGCAAAUGCUGAUAAUUCUGGUGCUGGUUCAAAAGAAUACGUUCAUAUUCGCGUACAGCAAAGGAAUGGUAGGAAAAGCCUGACAACUGUGCAGGGAUUGAAGAAAGAGUUCAGUUAUAAUAAAAUACUCAAGGAUCUUAAGAAAGAGUUUUGCUGCAAUGGUACUGUUGUCCAGGACCCAGAACUAGGCCAGGUUAUUCAACUUCAAGGUGAUCAGCGAAAGAAUGUUUCCACCUUUCUUGUUCAGGCUGGAAUUAUGAAGUUUUCUGACCAAAUGUUAUGUUUUAAUCUGGUUUCAAAUCAGGCUGGAAUUAUGAAGAAGGAGCAGAUCAAGAUUCAUGGUUUCUGAGCAGCGGCAUUAGUUACUGCACAGUUCUAUAUUAUUCUCGUGCCAGUGCAGACACAACUGCCUUUCCAAACAUGAUAUGCAAACUUAGUCCAUUUACCUAAUAGUUCUUUUAUGUUUUUUUUGGAGACUGUAAACUUUAUUCCGUUGUUUGCCACCUAAUUCUCCUGCAAGUGUCUUGUGAUGGUAAUGUGACGUUUAUUACUGUUAACAUUUAUUAGUGCUAACGAACGUGCACAGUAAUGGAUGUAUUUGCGGAGUCGAGAUUCCAAAUUU